AUGGGCUUCGGCGACUUCACCGGCCUCUGCCGCAUGGCACCGCUGCCCCUCUGCUCCUCCGUGGGCCCGAUAACAUCGAUCGCGAGCGGCGUGGGGAUAGAACCGGAUUGCUACGCGCGGAACAUUGAGGUGGCCAACACCAUCAUCUUCCAGGGCGCCGCGAGCGCCAUGCACAUCAUUGCGUUGGUCAUGACGGUGGUCAUGAUCUUGCAUGUGCGGGGGAAGUUUACAGCAGUUGGCCGAAAGGAGAUUACCACCUUCUUCUACCUUUACAUGCUGCUCACCUUCCUGUCCCUUUGCGUCGACGCCGGCGUAGUACCCCCGGGCUCGGCGCCAUACCCGUACUUUGUUGCCGUGCAGGCGGGGCUUGCCUCGGCCACGGUGACGUGCCUGAUGAUCAACGGCUUUGUUGGGUUCCAGCUAUACGAGGACGGCACGCCGCUCUCGCUCUGGAUGAUGCGGCUCUGCUCGGCCGCCGCCUUCGUCAUCUCGUUCCUCGUGGCCCUGGCCACGUUUAAGACAUGGGCCGGGCUGGGACCCACCAACACCAUCGGGCUGUUCGUGGUGCUGUAUCUGCUCAACGCGGUCCAGCUCUUUGUCUACGUGGUGCUGCAGGUCUUGUUGGUGAUGCGCACGCUGCACGACCGCUGGCCGCUGGGCGACAUUGCUUUUGGCAUGUUCUUCUUCGUCGCCGGCCAGGUUAUCCUGUACGCCGCCAGCGCGCCCAUCUGCAAGGCUAUCAGCCACUACCUGGACGGUCUAUUCUUCGCGACGACGUGCAACCUGCUCGCCGUCAUGAUGGUGUACAAGUACUGGGACUCGAUCACUAAGGAGGAUCUGGAGUUUUCGGUCGGCACGCGCAUGAACAACUGGGAGGUUAAGGACCUGCUGCCCGAGGAGGACCGCCGGGCCACCGUCUACCACGACGACCCGUACGGCCAGUCGACGGCGUACGACAACUCGUACUCGCCCAGCCCGAACCGGCAUUCGAGGUAUUAA